GGGGUCUCACCGAGAAUGACACGUACAUGGCAAAGCACUCUGGAGAGGGAAACUUCCGUCGGGAGGAGCUUCUGCAGAUGGUUCAGGACGCGGAAUCUCCGCCAGGAUGCACCGGGGGUGUGGCUGGUGGUUUCAGCUCCUCGGGCCAGGGUGUGGGCGAGCAGGUCGUCCCCCCAGAGGGCGUGAUGUCACAGAAGGUCGGCGGGGCCACAUACAAGCUGUAUUCCAGGAUGGGUAGCGUGUGGCUGGCGCAAGGAGCGAGUGCGGAAGAAGCUCCAGCACUAGGUGCCAGCUUGAGGGUGAGAUCUGAGGGCGAAGCCGAGGAUCAACCAAAGGAUGUGCGGGUUCUCCAGGUGCUUUUCGACUCUGCAGAGGAGAGAUGGAGAAUAUUAGGGGAAGCAUUGGUGGAGUACGAGGAGGUGGACUUCGAAGACUUCCCUUUGCAAGGGCCCCGCACAUUGCUGAGGGACACCCGCCAGUUGCGGCGCAUGGGCAUGGACUUUGUACAACAUCAUGAGUCUUGGAUCCGCAAGUCUGGUGUGCGCUCCUCCGACAGAUCAGUUCAUGAGCAUGCUUCUUUGUGCCGAGCCCUCAACUACUUAGCCUGUUACGAUCAGCUGAACAUCCCCUCGUUGGCAGGAGCAGAGUGUUUGAAUAGGAGGAGGUCGUUGAUAGAGAUGGCGCAUCAAGGGCGACCCGAAGCACCAUCCUACGAGUGCGCCGAGGACGUAUUGGGCAUCAAAGAGACGGCGGACGGCUCGGUGAUUGACCCUGGCUUGGUGCAGCACGCGGCAAAGCGACAGGCAGCCAAGGCCGAGAUUUUAAAACAAACACGUUUGGCUGCAGAAGAGAAGCGGCACCUCCAUCGGAAAGGUGAUGAUGAUCCUGACAAGCCUCCAAAGGGUGGGGGAAGGGGCGGCAAGAACCAGAAUCAGGGUUGGAGGCAACAAGUGUUAGCACCGAUCAUUUUUCCCACGAGCCUCGGCAGCGUUGGGGUGAUGUUUUCCCGAUACCUCUUCCUGUGGAUGGCGGAUUUUGCGGCAGUGAAGCUGGGUCUGGGUAUGAUCUGGAUCAGCCGGGGUGUCUUGCUAGUUACGAUCGCGCCAGGCUUUCGCUUCCCAAAGAUCAAAAUGAACCCGCAUUGUUGGUCAAGGAUUGAGCUUGAUCAGGACAUGUUUGUGGCGCAGGAGGAUGUCAAGGACUUCUUUUAUCGACUGCGCAUUGACCGUCGUUUGGGGGAGUAUUUUGCGCUACCCAAAAUUGACAUGGAGCUACUGCGCAGGGAGUUGGGCUUCAUGCCGGACAGUUUCAGUGGAAUGGAUUCCGAGGCCGAUGUGCAUCCGUACUUGAGGGUGCUUCCUAUGGGAUUCUCGUGGGCAUUUCACUUGGCACAUCAAGCUCAUGUCGAACUGGCAUCGCGCACUUUACCAAAGUCCCUGCAGGUGCGAGAUCGACGAGCCGCUCCUGUUAUGGGAACGGGGCCAGGAAGGUGCGAAUCGGCCAUGCUCGUAUAUGCGGACAAUGCGAACCAUCUGGGGGUUUCGCGUGACCAGGUGAACCUCGAGCAACAAGAGAUGCGUGAUGCACUACAUGGUCACGGGCUCGAAACUCAUGACGUGCAAGAGGGCAGCAGCCUUUGUGAAAGUUUGGGGGUUCGUGUUGACGGCUUGGGAGGAAGUGUUCGAGUCACCGCAGCACGUGAUCAUCGGCUCGAUCGUGCUUUACAGGCCUGCAUUGCGAGGCCGGCCAUGACGGGAGAGGAGUUGGAGAUGAUAGUUGGUCACAUCACCAUACGGGGACUUCUUCACAGAGGGCUUUUGAGUGUUCUCAGGUAUUGCUACAUCUUCAUCCGCGUGUUCAGAUGCCUGAUGCCGCUAGGUGUUGCCAACCUUCGGGCCCCGUGGUGUCCUGACAUAUACUGCACAGAUGCCAGCCUCAGUGGUUACGCAGUGUACAGCAGGGAGCUCUCGGUAGACAAGGUUCGGGAGAUUGGGCAAGAAGAUGAAAGAUGGCGAUUUUAUCGCGGCCCGGUUGUCGCUCCACGCGUGGCAGCCUUGGGGGAUGAACUUGAGGACCCUCUGACGGUCAAGCCCGAGAUUGAAGGGGAGCUAUUCGGUGAUUGGGAAAUUGAUGAAACUUUUCCUGAGGUGCCCAAGUCAGUGCUCGACGGCGAUGCGUGGCACAAGAUGUCGAAUGCGCAGAUACAUUACAAGGAGCCGAUUCAUACCGAGCCAGCCGUGAGUGGGAAACCGGGCGGCGUGAAGGUGAAGGCAAAGCGGCGGGUGGCGGUUUUCAGCAAAGAGGAAGCCGAGAAAGCCAAUCGUCGCUGUCGGAGCCCGCCCUUGGGCGAGGUGCUGGAGCGGAGGAAAAGAAGCAGGUCCCCGUCACCGUCACCUCAAAAAGUGCGGGCCGCACCUUUGGACUCGGGGCUACGCAAGCUGGUGAAGUCAGCGGCGGUCAAGCGGAGGAGAGCUCGGGAGCGUCAGAAGCGUUUCAGCCCAAAGCUUCGGGCGACCAAAGGACAGCGUUCUCUUUUGGAGACCCACAGCGUGACGACAGGGACCCAGAAGGACUACGUCAACAAGCUGGACAAGUUUUGGGACUUCGUCCAGUUUUACGAGCUUCCCGUGAAACAGGAGAAAGAGCUCGACGCAGCCUUGUGCGACUACGCAGACCACUUGUACCUGAGUGGCGAAAGUUGCAGCUACGGCCAGAAGUUGCAAGCGGCGCUCGAGUACGUUCGCCCAGAGACUGCGCGGGAGGGCAGUCUCAGACUGCCCCGCUUCCGGAGAGCGCUGAAAGGAUGGCGCCGCCUGGCACCUCCGCAAACGCGGUUGCCAAUGGUGGAAUUCAUCAAGAGCUCGAUCUCUGGAGUCAUGUUGGCGGCAGGCCGUCGGAGCAUGGCCUUGUUCAACGAACUGACUUUCUCCACCUACUCCAGGCCGGGAGAAAUCUUGAAGCUAAAGGCGGCGGACUUUGUCGAGAGGAACCCGAAAUUCGCUGCCUACCCGUACUCUGUGCUGGUUUUGGCCCCUGUCGAACGGGGGGAGUCCAGCAAAGCAGGGGUUUUCGACGAGGUGCUCAUCCUGGACGACCAGCGUGUCCCGUGGAUGGAGUCAGUGAUGAAGACACACGUGCAGGAGAGGUUCCGGGAGAAGGGGCCCGAGGCGAGCAUGUGGAGUUUCAAUGCCAAGCAAUACCUCCAGGUCUGGCGAGAUGCGGUGACUGUUCUUGGAGUGGAGGACCUCGCGAAGAGCCCGUACCAGAACCGGCACGGGGGAGCCAGCCGAGACAGUUUGCUAAAGCUGCGAAGCGUGGCAAGCAUCCAAAGGAGGGGGCGUUGGGCUGUGGACUCAAGUGCGCGGAUCUACGACAAGCCGGGCAGGCUCCAGCAGUGCGUGAACAAGCGCAGUGGGCUUUGGCUGAGCUUUGGAGAGAAUGUCCGCCGAAGUUUUGCAGAGCUGCACCAGAGUGGUACUUGCCAACUUCCAGCUCGAGCAAGGCAGAAGUUCAGGGAGGUCUUCAAGGAAAAACCUUACUGA